GCUCCCGGAAGUGGCCCGGCAACCGCGCGCCGGGCCCGGGCAGUGCCAGCUCCUGCUCGCGGCGCCCCGGGCCCGGGCGUCGCCAUGACUAGCGAACUGGACAUCUUCGUGGGGAACACGACCCUUAUCGACGAGGACGUGUAUCGCCUCUGGUUGGAUGGUUACUCAGGUUGUGGGGGUCCUUCUGUGGGAACCAGUGGGGCUGAGCAGUUGUUUUGAAUGGAACAGGGGGCGGGGCCAGGACUCAGACAUCCUUAAGGGAAGUGGUCACCUGGCUUGGAAUGAGGCUUGUAGAAGGGUUAGUGCUGGCGUUCCUGAAGGGACUCAGGGGUCAGGGGGGCUGGGUCUUGAUGAUGGCACCCACUCCCCAGUGAGCGACGCUGUGGCUCUGAGAGUGCGUUCGGGAAUCUUGGAGCAGACAGGGGCCACUGCGGCGGUGCUGCAGAGCGACACUAUGGACCAUUACCGCACCUUCCACAUGCUUGAGCGCCUGCUGCACGCGCCACCCAAGCUACUGCACCAACUCAUCUUCCAAAUUCCGCCCUCCCGGCAGGCGUUGCUCAUUGAGAGAUACUAUGCUUUUGAUGAGGCCUUUGUUCGAGAGGUCUUGGGCAAGAAGCUGUCCAAGGGCACCAAGAAAGACCUGGACGACAUCAGUACCAAAACAGGCAUCACUCUCAAGAGCUGUCGGAGACAGUUUGACAACUUUAAGCGAGUCUUCAAGGUGGUGGAGGAAAUGCGGGGCUCCCUGGUGGAUAACAUCCAGCAACACUUCCUCCUCUCUGACCGAUUGGCCAGGGACUAUGCAGCCAUCGUCUUCUUUGCCAACAACCGCUUUGAGACAGGGAAGAAAAAGCUACAGUAUCUGAGUUUCGGCGACUUUGCUUUCUGUGCUGAGCUCAUGAUCCAGAACUGGACUCUUGGAGCCGUUGACUCCCAGGUGGACGAUAUGGAUGUGGACUUAGAUAAGGAGUUUCUCCAGGACUUGAAGGAACUCAAGGUGCUAGUGGCUGACAAGGACCUUCUGGACUUGCACAAGAGCCUGGUAUGCACUGCCCUCCGGGGAAAGCUCGGCGUCUUUUCUGAGAUGGAAGCCAACUUCAAGAACCUGUCUCGGGGGCUGGUGAAUGUGGCUGCCAAGUUGACCCACAAUAAGGAUGUCAGAGACCUGUUUGUGGACCUCGUUGAGAAGUUUGUGGAACCCUGCCGCUCUGACCACUGGCCACUAAAUGAUGUGCGGCUCUUCCUGAAUCAGUAUUCAGCAUCUGUUCACUCCUUGGAUGGCUUCCGGCACCCAACCCUCUGGGAUCGGUACAUGGGCACCCUCCGUGGCUGCCUCCUGCGCCUCUAUCAUGACUGAGGCUCCUCUUCUAUCCUGAGCACACUGAAAAUAAAGUUGCCAUAAGUUUGAAGACUGA